GCGUCGCAACAAUUUUCAGUUUUCAGUCGCCCUUUCACGGUCGCUUAAAACGCACGAUGACGUAGCAGAGUUUUUGUCGGGCUAGUGCGAAACUACGACGCGAGGUGUAGUGAGUGAGGCGACAGAUUCUCCCGCAUACACAUAACGAUUGACGACUUGUAAAACAGAAAAGGAAACGCUGCAUUCUUUCACCCGGUCCAGUGUCGAACAACAACAGCGUCAUCAAUGCAUGGUCAAUGGAUGAUAUCCUGUUCAAUGACAGCCACCUAUCGCUUAUCGGUACGAACCAUGCGGAGUUUGCAACAGACAAUUUGUCAGAAAUUAACGUCGGCCAAUCAGUUGCGAGGCUGACGUCGCCGUUCGUAGUCACCGUAGUGGUACUGCUGGUUUUUCUGCUGUCGCCGAUGAUACUGAUCGGGAACUCCUUACUUUUGAUCGCGAUGUACCGCUUUAAAAGGUUACGCACGCCCAGUAAUUACUUGGUGAUGUCACUGGCCAGUUCCGAUUUGGGCGUCGGGAUGUUUAUGCCCAUCGGAUUCUACCUGGAGCUGAACGGAGCUACGAGUGUUCACGGGCUUCAGAUGUGCUUGUUCAAUUACGCCGUUGUGAUAAGUUUGUGCUGCGUGUCGGUGCUAGUGAUGGUCGCUAUCGCGGUGGACCGGUUCACUUCUCUCGCGAGGCCUCUCAGGUACAAUAAUUUAAUAACCCAUUCGGCUGUGGAGAGAUAUAUUGUUAUAUUCUGGGUUUAUUCGUCGCUGGUCGGAUUCAGUCCGCUGUUCUACACGGUGACGCUGGGAAGUAAGCAAAGCAACGCGGACUGUUCGUUCGGUGAACUGGUGGAAAAACCUGUACAGCUAUUUAUGUUUUGCGCUGUGUACGGUCCAAGCUCCAUCGUCCUGCUGGUGUGUUACGGGUACAUAUAUUUUGUAGCCCGUGGACACGCGAGAGCCAUCAGAUCUGAAGUGAGACAACAGCAACACCACUAUUCCAAUCCCGUUGGGACUCCGCGGUAUGGAUUGGCCCUUGCCAUCACGUCGGGACUCUUCGUGGUGUUGUGGGCACCUUUUCAGAUUUGCAUGCUGAUGGACGUGUUCUACGAGACGAACAUCCUGACAACCUUUACGUCAAUUUAUCUCGCUCUUCCGAUACUGUGCAGCAGUGCAUUCAAUCCCUGGAUCUACGGCUAUCGGAAUGCCGAACUGCGUGCUGCAGUGCGAAGGGUGGUCGACGAUUUUCUAACUACCCUCGGGUUCACAUAUCGAAGCCAUCAGAUAUCAGACCGAGACCAAAUAGCUCCUAGCGUGGCUGCCACGGCCGGGGAACCUGCCACUUUCAUCAACCACGUACAAAGAGACGGUCUCUGUAUCAAGUCGGAAGGUGACUUCCUCUUGGUACCAAUGGCGAGGCCGGAAAGUUCCGGGAUGCUGUCGAGCAUGGAAAGCCAGAAGAUGUUCUACGGCAGCUCGAGGUUCCUUCUGACUACCGACACGCCCAAGAUCAUGCUGAAAGGUAGUAGAAGUAUGGUCGAGAGUUUGGCGAUGAUAAGGGGAUCGGACGUUUUGGUAGUCAAAGGUAACGGGCAUGUGAUGAAACACGGGUCUAGUGUGUUGUAAAUGUCGGACGCCUUCUUUAUAGGGAACGAUAGGAACGUGAGGGAUCAAAUUUGAAAACACGAAAUAUCAAGCGAGGUCCGCUUAUGUUUAUAUAAGAUGUCUAUAUUUUUAAAAUAGGGCACUAAGUUAAUUCAGAGGAGUUACGAUAUGUUAUAUAAUUAAUGUGUAGGCGGAGAGUUUUUAAAUCGAACGAGUCUAAUCAUAAUGGAAAAUCAGUAUUAGGGGUUCCCCCCAACCGAAUGAAAUUUUAUUGUUUUAAAAAUAA